CAGCGCGUCAGUCCCGUCAGUCCCGUCAGUCUUGUGGUGUUGUCACUUUACAGCCUCUCAAACGCUGGUCCCAGUUACCUGCGGGGUUACAUUUACUGGUGCAGAGCUGAGAGCGGACCGGCGCGGACAUGGUGCUGCUGACGAUGAUCGCUCGGCUGGCGGACGGGCUGCCUCUGGCUGCGUCGAUGCAGGAGGACGAGCAGUUGGGUCGGGACCUGCAGCAGUAUCAGAGUCAAGCAAAGCAGCUCUUCCGGAAACUCAAUGACCAAAGUCCCACACGUUGCACAUUAGAGGCGGGGUCCAUGGCUUUUCACUAUGUUAUAGAGAAAGGAGUGUGCUACCUUGUGCUGUGUGAAGCCAGCUUCCCCAAAAAGCUGGCCUUUGCUUACCUUGAAGACCUGCAGGCAGAGUUUCAUGAGCAGCACGGAAAGAGAGUGCCCACAGUAUCCAGACCUUACUCCUUCAUCGAAUUUGACACCUACAUUCAAAAAACCAAGAAAUCGUACAUUGACAGCCGAGCGAGGAGGAAUCUGGGCAGCAUCAACACAGAGCUCCAGGAUGUACAGAGGAUCAUGGUGGCUAACAUAGAGGAGGUCCUGCAGAGAGGAGAGGCUCUCUCUGCGCUCGACUCCAAGGCCAGCAACUUGUCCAGCCUGUCUAAGAAGUACAGGAGCGAUGCCAAGUAUCUGAAUACCCGCUCCACCUAUGCCAAGCUGGCAGCCGGCGGUGUUUUUUUCAUCAUGCUCAUUGUCUACGUGCGCUUCUGGUGGCUCUGAGAGGGAAAGAGAAGAAAAGGAAGGAGGAAUUGAAGUGGAAAAUGAGCUGCGACGUGUCCGCAGACAAACAGGAUCCCUGACCUUAAUAAGACUUUACAGACAUACCACCGCCCAUGUUGUUGCUUGAUCUGAAUAUAAAUUAUGUCAUAAUACACAGUUUCAUUAUUAGCAAUUACACAGUAGUGCGCUAGUUGUUACCCUGGAGAUAGGAACAGGAAGUGUGUGUGUGUGUGUGCGUGUAUGUGUGUGUGUAUGAGAAGGUGUUCUGUGUGCAAGUGUGGAGGAAAAUUGAAGAGAAUACAUUUCCUGUUUUGUGAGUUUCUGAACCUGUACUGUACUAUAACAUGACCGUUUGAUUUAAUCUUGUAUAAUGUCUAAUGAUACAGAAAAGAGAAAAAAAAAUGGGAGGAAAAAACAUUUAAUUUAUCACACAUUUAUUUUCAGCACGUCAUAUGGGUAUUGGCUUUCAUUAACAUUAUAAUCAUAAGAGUGAUGGUAUCAUCUAUCUAUGAUUGCAAAUAUUCUGGAGAACAUCACAUUAAUCCUUUGUCUGUUGAAUAUCCUCAGAAAUAAUGUAGAUAAUUUAAGUAGACUGUUUAUUGUUUGUUUGUUUUUGUUUUUAUUUUUUAAGAUACUGAAUGGAAGCCUUUCACAUGCUAUUUUACCCGUGUCUGAUUUGGCACGUCAGUGACCCUGAAUAACCUGACUUCAACAGAGUGUAUCCAUGCUCCCUUUAUGCCCUCUUGCACCGUGACUGUGUGGACAUACACUUUUCUGUUGACAGGCAUAAAGACGAACAAAAAAAGAUUUGAUGUCCGGUUGGGUCCAUUUAUUUUGUAUAAAGUUUACACAAAUGUAGACUCAAUUUAAAAGUUGAUUUGGGUUGAGAAGAAGAGUCGCAGGUGUUGGGGAAGCUGCUGUCUGCUCACAGCUGGAAAGAACACCUCUUUUUCUGUUCUGUCUGCUUAUCUAUGAAUAAAAACAUUUGCACAAAGCA